AUGGCGUCCGGGAGCUUUGAGAGACAGACUGCACAACCUGUCGAGCCACUCUUUACCUUCGAGAUCUUGGCCGCGAAAGAGAUCACCCAGGAUAUGAUCCAAGAAGCGGCAGCAUUGUUCUCACGUGCAUAUGGCAUCUGGGGACCACAGGCGGAGAAAAUGAUGGGACCAUUUGCAGAGCAUGGUCGUCGUGUCCGCAUGAGUCCCAGUCGGCUAAGAGAGGAGUGCCUCCCAGAUCGUGCAGAUAACUAUUUUGUCAGGGCUAUGGCCGGCAACAACCUGGUUGGUCAUGCUUUGGCCACCUAUUGGAACUCUGCAGGCCACCAAGUCUGCUGGGUUACCCAAUUAUGCGUGGAUCCGCAAUAUAGGCGUCGCCGGCUGGCCACAAGGCUUCUUUCCAAGUUACGAGAAGGAAGAGAGAACUGUAUUUUCGGAAUACUAAGCUCACACCCUGCGGCGAUCCUCACCGCGCUGAGAAGUUUCGGAUGUGGGCUCGAGGAGGUAGAUCUGAGGAUUGUGCGAGAGCAUGCGAAAGACGUUAUGGAGUCUAGCCCUGUCAGAUAUAUCAGGUCAGCUAGGUUGUCAGGGAGUCUCUUUGUGGAGGGCGCACCACAGGGAGUCAUAUGCUGUGCUGAUACGAACUUCUGGGUGGACCACGGAGAACCAACAAAAGUGUUGGCUGAAGUCAGGGCGCGAGGACUUGGUUGGCCUUUUGGCGACUUGCCUGAUGGCCACGAAUACCUCCUCCUGGUGAAGACAAGGCCGCCGAAGUGCAUCAUCAUAUUCAUCGCCGCUUUUGGCGCAGGUUUCGGUCUCACCGCCAACUGCGACACCCUGAUUCAACUUCCUCGUUACUCGAUACCGCGAAUAGCCAAACACAACCUUGAACAGCCCCCAAGACCGCCACACUACUGCGCAAGCCAGCAAUUAGCUAUGAUGACGCUCAUCGUGAGGCUCCUCACCACACUGCUCUGGCUCAUCGGAAUCUCCAUCGUCACCAACAUUGUCAAGCAGCUGUUCUUCCGAGAUCCUCACAGACCGCCUGUGGUAUGGCAUUGGGUGCCUCUGAUUGGCAGCACAGUGGACUAUGGGCAGGACCCAUACAAGUUCUUCUUCAAAUGCCGAGAAAAGUAUGGUGACUUUUUCACAUUUGGGCUGCUUGGAAUGAAAGUCACGGUCUACUUGGGAGCCAAGGGCAACAACUUCAUCUUGAAUGGGAAGUUGAAGGAUCUCAAUGCCGAAGAGGUAUAUGGCCCACUCACGGUACCGGUCUUCGGUCGUGGCGUGGUAUAUGAUGUGGACAACGCGAGGUUUAUGGACCAAAAAAGACUGUUGAAGGAAGGCUUCACGAGUCAGAAUUUGCGAGCAUACGUCCCCCAAUUUGUCAAAGAAACCGAGCAAUACAUCAAUACCAACGCCAUCUUCCAGGGCGAGGGCGGAGUAUGCGACAUAUCCACCGUGCUUUCAGAAAUUUCCCUAUAUGCCGCAGCUGGCUCACUGCAGGGAAAGGAAGUCAGGGAUUCUUUUGACUCUUCCUUCGCCACUUACUACCGCCAUCUCGACGAUGGCUUUGCGCCCGCCAAUUUCAUGUUUCCAUGGCUGCCCACACCCGUGAACCGGCGGCGAGACCGCGCUCAGAGGAUGAUGGCCAAGCUGUACAUGGACAUCAUCAGACAGCGACGAUCGACCGGGAACCAGGACGGUAGCCACGACAUGCUCUGGGCGUUGAUGGACGGCCGUUACAGAGAUGGCACUCCACUGUCAGACGAAGAGACCGCCAACCUCAUGAUCGCCCUGCUCAUGGGCGGCCAGCACAACACGGCAGCCUCCGGGACGUGGAUCAUGCUCCAUCUCGCCCACCGCCCACAUCUCAUUGAGGAGCUGUACCAGGAACAGCUGGAUGUCCUCGGAGAUCAAGACCCGACGUAUGACACGCUACAGAAACUCACGCUGCAUAACAAUGUCAUCAAGGAAACGCUGCGGCUCCACAGCCCGAUCCAUUCCAUCAUGCGCAAGGUCAAGCAACCCAUGCCGAUCCCCGAUACCGACGUCGUCGUCCCCGCAGGCCACAUAUUGCUCGCAGCGCCGGGGGUUCCCUCCCGGUGCGAGGAAUUCUUCCCGGAUCCCAUGGCGUGGAACCCGCAUCGAUGGGACAAGCCUGACGAGACGGAUGCGGAAGCACAGACACAGUCACAGCUGAACGAGAAACGCGACGACAACGAUACAGUGGAUUAUGGGUACGGAGCUGUCUCCUCGAAAGCGGUCAACAGCCCUUACCUGCCCUUCGGCGCAGGUCGACACCGGUGUGUCGGGGAAACUUUUGCUUAUGCGCAGCUUGGAGCUAUACUUGCGACCAUGGUGAGACUUUUGCGUUGGGAGCAGGUCGAUCCCAGCGCGCCGGUGCCAGCGACGGACUAUUCGUCCAUGUUCUCACGACCAAUGCAUCCCGCUACGAUCAAGUGGCAGCGUCGACAUUGA